GCAAGCUACCUACUGCCGCCCGAACACCCGUCAGCCGGUUGGCUGCACACCUCCGGCCUCCUCACGCCAGCUUCUCCUACCGGCGGGGUUGCCGUCGUCUGGAUCGACCGAGUGGCUCGUGUCUGCCGGACCUACGACACUCGUGGACUCGUCGCCCAUCGGCCCGACCGCCAAUUGGCGGCGCCGAUGCAUUCCGCGUUUGUCGAGUGUCUGGCUCGUCAGGCCAUGCAUAAAGCGGCCGGCCGAGCGUCAGUCUUCCCCAACAGCAGAGGCCUUACGGCUGUGGCCGACACGACCUGGACCGACGACCUACAGACCGGACCGCACGAUCAGACCAUGAAUCCGGUUGCUCGAAUUCCGCCAGAGAGGUUGGUGAAACGAGAAUGCGCGGUCGCAUCUUCCGCCCACUCUUGCUGGUACGAGAUAGCCUUUUGGCAGACAAGGCCGAGUGGAAUAAAAUGGUUUUCUGAGGCCAUUACGUGUGCCAAACUAUGGGUCCUUAAGCCACCUUGUGGGAGGCUUCAUUUUCUCUCAGGGUGUGUUCUCGAUCCUCGAGUCUACUCGAUCGCUGCUUACGGAGAAGACUUGCUAUGCAAUAUUGUGUGUCGGGCUGUACUACGGCCUCGUCCAUUCACCUCACGUCUACUUGCGUCUUCAAGUCUCGAGGAAUUCGACUACCGAUUGUCGGGUUCAGAUGCCCUCGGUUGGCGACUGUUGGUAUAG